AUGCAUAAGAGUUCAUCAUUAUCCUUCCUCUUGCUUGGAAGCAUUUUGAUUUGUUGCUUCUUGGCAACCUUCACAAAUGCUCUCAAAUUAAAUGGGAAAGACAACAAAAUUUCACUGGAUUUAAAUUUGAAUGGAAUUAGUGGUUUGGGUGGUUUAAGUGCUUCAUCAUCUUCCGCUGCUUCUGCUGCUGCUGGAACAUCAACUCAACAACAACAACAACCAAUUAUUAUUCAAGCUCCUCAACCUCAAGUUCAAUAUCAACCACAACCAAUUACUAUUAAAAUUCCACCAUUUAAAUUCCCAAAGUGUUGUUCAAAGAAAAAGAAGGUUGAAAAAAAGACUGUUGUUAUUGAAGUUCAUCAAGAAAAGAGACAAAAGAAGAAGAAACCAACUAAAAAGACAGUCAUUGUUGAAAUUCAUCAAAAGAGAAAAGUUAAGAAGGUUAAGAAAUCUGUCAUUGUUGAAAUUCAUCAAAAAGUUAAACGUUCUAAAUGUUCAAAGAGGGAAAGUAAGAGUUUGGCUCGUCAAAUUAGAUCAAUUUUCAGAAUUAAAUAUCAACAAGGAAAGAGAUUCCAUCCAAAGAAACAUUUGGGAGCUGAUUUGUUGAUUUUAUUCUCUCAUUUGAAGAAGAAUCGUUCAGUUCCAAAAUGUAGAAAUAAUACCAAGCCAAAACUUCCAAAAUCUGUUAAAAAGAUGGUAAAGAUUAUUUUCAAAUGGAAGAAAUCAAAGAAGGUUGAAAAGAAGCCUGAAAAAAAGCCUGAAAAGAAAUGUAAGAAACCAACUAAACCAAAGAAAUGUCCAAAGCCAGUCAAACCAAAGAAAUGUAAAAAACCAACUAAACCAAAGAAUAAGAAGCUCACUAAGGAAACUGUAGAAAUGCUCAAAUAUUUGGCCACUUGUGACAAGAAAUCUGUCACUAUUAAGAAGAAGAAGGUUGUUCAAAAGAAGGUUGAAAAGAAGGUUGUUGAAAAGAAACCUGAAAAUAAGAAUCAAAACAUUGAUGAAAUCUUUUCAAAGAAGAAAUAAAUCCAAUUCUAACC